CUAACUUUUAACAGAUAGUAGGUUAGCGAAGUUUGCGAAGUCCACACGGGGAAAACCGGUGUUUUCAUCCUUUCUGCAUUGACGUGUUCAUCACCAAUAUGUUUCUCCCAUACGAUCGCAGUCCAAGGAACACACCUCCACCAGUGCAGGCACUUGAAGAGAGGGACAUGCCAAACUCCCCGGUUCUCAUGCUACCUUCAUCAGCACAAGGCAGUCCACCAAACGAAUGCUUGGCUCUCACAUGGCACAAUGACAACCAAAACAAGCCAGGGAGUUUGAGUACUUCACCAACAACCAGAGACAUUGUUCUGCCAAAUGGCCAGUCUCCUGAUUCCUCAGUAUAUCGUCAGUCCAGAGCUCUUGUCUUCUACUCUCCUUCAGGACAAAAGACAGUCUGUCUUCAGGAGACGCGUUGCUACUCCUUACCAUCAGAUGAGACCCAGAGCACAAGUUCAAGAAGAGGAUCUCCAAGUCCCUCAAAGUACAAAUCUUUUGCUGACACAAGAGGUGGAGGAGUAGGUUCAGAGAGAAAAGCCGCAACUCUGUCACCGCGAGGCGGACUGGGUAGAGAUCAGAAUGUCUCGUUAGUAACACAGACAUCACCAGAAAUGAGAAUUCAAAAUAGCAGAGGAAAAUAUACUCCUGAUAAACUUCACAGUGGCACCCCUGGAAGCACUGAAAUAGCUGAUCCUGGUUCUCUUGACCCCACAGUUCGCAAUCGAGGCCAACGAAAAACCAGGAAAGAUGGUAAACCGGGAAGGAAUCUUAGCAAAGCGGAUCGUUACAGCGGCAUCUUAGAGCAAGACCACCCUGAAGAGACACUGUCUCGUGGUAUCCUAGGAACUUGUUGCUGCUUUCUCACAUGCAUCAUUGUGUUGUUUCUGCUUGCAAUAACAAUACUGGUUUGGUGCUCAAAGUCACCAUCUGGUUGCCUUGUGCCUUUCUUUAGUACUAGUGAAAAGUGUCAAAAGAUAAACAUUUCUCAUGUCAAAAAUGAACUUCAAAGAAAUCUUGUUGGGCAGCCUGUUGCAAUGAAUUUUAUCUUGGACACCCUGGAUGCAUCUGGAGAAUCUGGUAGCAACAAACCUCUUAUUAUGUUCUUCCAUGGCAGUUCUGGAGUAGGUAAGAGCUUUACUGCGGACAUACUAGCAGAGAGCAUCUCGAGUAAUACUAAGAAAGAGCCUUGCAUUAACCUAUUGAGUGUUGAUUUGUUUUUAAGAUCAGAGACAACUCAGUCGAAAGAAAUAUACAUGAAGAUUCUUCAAGAUUGGGUAAACAGACCUAUGCAAGAGGACAAAAGAUGCUGCAUUUCUUUUUUCAUCUUUGAUGAGCUUCGAGAUGACAUUCCCCAGGAUUUGAUUCAAACACUCGGCCAAACUCUCUCACAGCUCGACACCCAAGACUCGCCAGCGCAGUCUCAACAUCUCAAAGUCAUCAUUAUUAUGACAUUGAUUGGUUCGCAAUCCAUCAGUGAUUUCCUCGUAGUGAAUAUGAAGCGAGGACAAGAUCGUCAGUCUCUGACACUCCCACACCCUAAUUGGCAGGAACCCUGGAAGCACCUUGUAGCAAGCCUCGACAAGCAGGACCCAUUCUGGACAUGGUUACCACCAGGGGCCUUCAUUCGUAUCCCCUUCCUCCCCCUUGAAAGAUCUCACAUUAAAGAGUGUGCAAAACAAAGCCUAAGUAGAAACAACUUAACAAUCACAGAGGAGCGAUUAGAGUGGGUGGCAGAUCAGAUGACUUACAUCCCAGAAGAUUGGCCAAUGUUUUCAGUUUCUGGCUGUAAGAAGGUUUCAAGUAAAGUCGGUUUAAUCCACAAAGAGAAGACAAAACCACUAUUUGAAUUUAAGAAGUCGUUUUAAAACACUUUUAAUUCCAAACAC